CAUAAUUCUGAAGUACGUGGGGUACAUCAACUCGAUCUCGAUGAUGGUAUCCAGAGGCAGUCGCCCUUUCAGAAAAGUGAGGAGAAAGAGGGAGAGGAAGAAAGAGGGAACAAGAAAAAAGUAUUGAUGAGCAAGGUGCAGGUCGAAGCCAGAGUCAGUCUGGUGGGCAUAGCCAAGGAUAAAGGAAUUCGGAUCCGAAUGAGGAGGAUGGGACAGACUGCAGAGAUUUUCAAAGGCCUCGGGGCGCACGGAGAGGCGGUCCGAAAUUAUCUCCAAGGGCCUGAGCAUUCAAGAUGAGGGGAGUGGGGCAGCCUGGACGAGUGUACGUGAGCAUUUUGCACGGCGAUGGCAUUUCCUCCAGGCGUCGCUUACACGGCUGAACCAUUCUCACCCGGGAAACUUGGAACAUACUCAGAUCAGAGGUUUUCUCUCCGUAUCUGACUUCGAUUGCGGCCAGAUUCGGGCGCGAAAGCCGAGGUGUGAAUAUAUAUGCCCUUGGCGUUUAGAAACAUACGGUCACAUUCGGACUAUGUGAAUCGAUCGAGAGACCCUCGAUUGACAAGGAGGUGAUAAGGUUCUGGAGAAGAGGCUGGUGGAGACAUGCAUGCCAGUGAGAAGAUGGGAUUGUAGUUAGUGACUUAGAAGAAUCCCUGUGGUCAUGGCAUGAGAAUGGCUAUGCCAUGUUAGGGAGGAGAGGAAUGCACGGGGAGGAGUAUACACCGGGAGUGGUCGAGGGGGAAGGGGGAAGGCGAAGGACCGAAGCGUGGUUGGUCAAAUGAGGACAGGGGCUGAAGUAAGAAAGGGUUAAGGGAAGCGGUUGGCGAAAGACGAGUGGAGAGAAGGGCGUGGAGUGGAAAUGGGCGGAGUGGAGAAUUGUGUUUCUCCACCUCACGCAGUGCAGCCGAAUCUGUGGGAUUCGCGUGCAUAGCAAAAGAACUGCGUGGGGCCGUGGGCAAGAAGAGAGUGAAGAGGGUAAAGGGAAACGUUUGGCGAGAGACCGGUGGAUAGAGGGACAUUUUUGAGUGCGAAUGGGUGGCAGUGCAGAAGAGUGUUUAUUGGCCUCACGCAUCAGGGAAAUCAGUGGGGUGCACGUGCAUAUCAAAAGAACCGUCUGGGCAAGAAUAGAGCGAAGGGGGUAAAUACUACAUACCAAUGGGCCUAUUCCAGUUGGUACACCCAUGAGCUGUUGAAGUACAGGCCAAAGUUCGAAUCCAGAUGCAAUCAGAUUCUAAAAUACCCGGGGCCGGUCAGAGUCCAAUGAUGAUAUCUCAAGAACAUCGCCCUUUCAAAAGAGAGAGUGAGGGGGGUAUGAAAACCCCGGCAUGCAGGCAUGAGACUGAGUACAGUGGUGAAGACUUCAGCAAGAAAGAGGAUUAUCAAUGCAAUAACACUAGCCGUGUGAAGCACUCAUGUCCAGGGAACAGCCAGCGAUCACGCAGCACAAAGGCCUCGCUUUGCUACACAACACUCUAUCUGUGUCUGGAGCUCACCAUUGUCCCGACACAUUCAAGUGUGAAUGUCAAAUAGUGGAGCAGGGCCCAUCAUAAUCACUGGAAGUCGUUUGCGCGCCUAACACUCUUCGAGGGCUCCUGCUUUUUCUAGAACAUUUGUCGAGCGGGCUUGGUACAGUUGUCAGAGCCUAAGGCCAGUGCGCAUUCACUUGCGCCCCACGUGCACCAGGCAGAAGGGCUUCCCACACACAGGUUAUGCUUCCGCAUUCCGCAAAAGUGACUGCUCUUCGAGUCUUUCGAGUGUCAUCUCCUGUAAGCACCAAGGGGCUUCAGGCACAAAGUGCAGCACGACAAGCUGGACGCCUUCCCAUGCCAUUCCGUUCUUUUACGAAGAGCUGUUUCAGGGUUCAGGGCUGCAUUUUGCUUCGACUGCAAGGCCUUUUCAGGAGAGUGGUGAGUGCGAUGCUACUGAGUACAGUUGCAAAGGGUACUGAGUAUCGUGGAGAAGAGUACUGAGUACUGAGAACAGUGGAGAAGAGUACUGAGUAUAGUGGAGAACUGAGUACUGAGAACAGUGGAGAAGAGUACUGAGUAUAGUGGAGAAGAGCACACUUGCAAACAGUACCGAGCACAGUUGGGCGGAGAGUACUUCGUACAACUGGGUGAAGAGACUUGAGUACACUUGAGUACAUUUGCACAGAGUACUGAGUACAGCUGCUAUGUAUAGUGGAGAAGAGUGCUGAGUAAAGCUAGGCGAAACGUACUGAGUAUAGUGGAUGUAGUGCAGACUAUUCUGAAGAAGAGUGCUGAAUAUAGUGCUGAUGGGGAGAAAGGUACUGAGUAUAGUGGAUGUAGUGCAGACUAUUCUGAAGAAGAGUGCUAAAUAUAGUGCUGAUGGGGAGAAAGGUACUGGGUAUAGUGGAUGUAAGAAGAGUGCUAAAUAUAGUGCUGAAGAGUACGGAGUAUAGUGGAGAGGAGUACUCAGUGUGAUGCUGAGUACCGACUAUACUGCUGAAAACAUUGAGGAAGGUUUUGAUCAUUAUGUAGAAUAGUGCCGAGAACAAUUGAGAGAAAAGUACAGAGAACAGUGCAGAAGUGUGAACAAGUAUGCCGCCAAUGUCUGUAAGUAAAAUGUAGGGUUCGAACUCUGUGUUAACAGUUGAAGAGUAUGAGGUCAAGUUAAAAAAAAGUAUGCUGGAAGUUUGAAAGUCCAAUGUCUGUAAGUAAACUGUAGGGUUCGAACUCCGAACUUCCAAAUUCUCAAACUAACUGCACUGUGGACUGUGUCCUUCAGUGGCGGCAGAGUUAACUCAGUUAACUUAGUUAAGUCAAAAAAGUGUGCAGAGAUUAUCAAUUUAGUAAUUUAACCAAAAGCCCAACCCUGGGUUUGAACUCUAAACCAACAAAUCCUCAAACUACUAGCUGCACUGUUGAGUGUGUCCUUAAGUAGAAAAAACGGCAGCGGAGUUAAGUAGGAAGGGUGCCGGUUAACCAGUGUAGACCCGAAAACCCUAAACCCUAAACCCUAAAGGGCCUAAACCCUGAAAGGCGGACGGUUGACGUAGGGUCAAAAGAUGCAAGGGGAGGGUUGGAUACUGUCCUGAGCGUAGAAAGAUGUCUUUUUAAGUUUUUUUCUUUUUUGUCUGUUUUUUGGGGGGGGCUCCUUUUUCACCUUUGUUAGGGACUGUGCCAUUCAUCUCUUGACAGUCUUCAGACAUUAUUACACAGGGCAUGGUCAUAGUUUUCUGUUGUUUUUUUUUUGUGUGCGUUUGAUUUUGAAAAAGGGAUCUUUGUAUUAUCGGCUCCGUUAUUUUGUUAAGACCAAUUUAAAGUCGUUGCUACACGGGGUUUUUUUUUCCCACGGUAGGAAACCUUUUAUCACUUUGCUGCUGUCUACCCCUCCUCGGAAUAGAGCGUACGGUUGUUAUAUCUGUAUUUGUCCCAACGUUCAGUCCAGAUGCAGUGAAAAUGAUCCUAUGUUCUAUUCGGGUGAAGACGGUAUUGACAAGAGUAUACUCCUGGAGAAAGGUCAUCUGUAUCGGACAAGUACUAAAUAGGUUAUAACUGAUGCAGUAGUAAUUCAGACCUCCAGUAAAAAAAAUAAUUCCGAUUGAUUCCGGUAUAGAGUCUGAAGACUGUAUAGAGGAAAUUUAUUUCAGGGGUAGAUUCGCAAAAUAGUGACACAAAGUGACGAGGGGUAGAUUCGCAAAAUAGAUCCGCCAUUUUAUUUGACUCAGCUUAUUUUAGUGACAACUCAGCUGAAUGGCGAAGUGGUUAAAGUAGAAGUGGGUUCGAACCACGGAUACCAGGAUUUUCAGUCCUUUUACGAGUACUCGAGCAGCGACCAGGGUACCCAAGGACGAGGAGGAGGGGAACAAAUGGUUCUGAUAAACACUGUAAGACAAAGUUAUUUCAGGGAUUCGAGCCACGGACACCAGGAUUUUCAGUCCUUGUACGAGUACCCAAGAAUGAGGAGGGGAACGAAUGGUUCCGGUGUAGACUGCAAGACAAAGUUAUUUCAGGGGUGGAUACGCAAAAUAGUGAUGCAAAGUGAUCGCACUACUCCAGUCCGUUCUUUUGACUUAGUCGUUUCAGUGAUAGAUCGGCUAAAUGACAAAGUUGUUAAAGUAGAAGUGGGUUCGAACCACGGACACCACGAGUACUCGAGCAGCGACCAGGGUACCCAAGGAUGAGGAGGAGGGGAACGAAUGGUUCUGGUAAAGACUGUAAGACGAAGUUAUUUCAGGGGUAGAUACGCAAAAUAGUGACGCGAAGUAUCGUAGUACUCUAGUCAUUUCAUUUGCCUUAGUCGUUUCAGUUGAUAGAUAGGCUAAAUGGCGAAACUGAUCAAGGAGAAGUGGGUUCGAACCACAGACACCAGAAAUUUUCAGUCCUUUUUUACGAGCAGCUAAAUGCCGAAGUGGUUGAAGAAGAAGUGGAUUCGUACCUUGGACACGAAGGACUUUCCGUCCUCGUACGAGUAUUCAAGUAGCAAACGCCGCCGAUCAGGGUAUCUGAGGACGAGGAGGGGAAGACAUGACAGACGGACAUACAGACAGACACCUCUAGAUCCCACCUGUACAGAGUUUCUUGAGAUCUUUUGAAUUUUUUCCUUUCGGUAUCGGACCGCCCUUGACACUUCUUUAUACCAAGAAGUUCACAGUUCGGACUCAUUGACUCCCUAUUUAAUGUGUAGACAACUUUCCCACUUAGAGAAAACAGGAAGCUCAUCGAUAUUGUAACGUAGGUCAGAGUUCCUUCGACCAAAGGACAUAUAUCAAUUCUUCAAAUUCUAUCUUUGCAGCUCUCUCUCUCUCUCUCUCUCUCUCUCUCUCUCUCUCUCUCUCUCUCUCUCUCUCUCUCUCUCUCUCUCUCUCUCUCGUGCGCGCGUGCAUGUGCGUGUGUGUGUGCGUCCGGGCAGCUCCCCCAGCAUUGUGUGCAUAUAUGUGCUUGAAUCAAUCCUAUAUCACUCA